AUGUUAAAUACGUUGGCAAAGAGUAGGAGAAGGUAUUUGGGCCCUUUAUGUGUUGGAAUCCUUGCAUUUCCAUUUCUCUACGAAUACUCCAAAGAAUUAUAUUGGACGUUGAGGCUGAAGAAGCUGAAUAUGGACGAAAUCAUCUCUGACCGAUUCACCUGGCUACACCAUUCCAUGAUUAAGGAUGAAAUUGAUAGAACUUUGCUGAAACAAGCGCCGACAAAAUUAAAAGAUAAUUAA